AACUCUCAAUCGAUAUCUCGAGUCCACCACGACCGGACAUUAAUUCCGUCCUUAAACAACCAAGAUCAGUCAUAAAUCAACAUUAGGGUUUCUUUAAUGCGACGAUUUCCUAAUUUGGAAUCAAAGAAAUCAAAUCGAUCAGAACCACUGAUUGGGAUUCCCUGGAUCUUCCCGAAUCCAACUUAAUCCAAUCAACGAUUUCGACACCCGUUUCCUCCGAUUGAAAUCGGAAAGUGGAGGAUUUCAUGGCGGAGAUUGGGGGAGAUGGAAGCCGUAUGGGAGGAGCGUGAGGUUUAGGGUUUUGGAUUUUAGGGCCCUCUCUCUCGCUCCCCUGUCUCUCUCUAGACUCUCUGCUCGAUCCGGUUCAGAAAUGAAGGAGCUGCUCGGGAGACCUGGGUCUGUGAGCGGGUUGCUGCUGAGGGUAUCGCAAUUUUCAUGUGCUGGUAUCGCCAUCGCCGUCAUGGUCACCACCGACCGCUUCGCUGAAUUCACCUGUUUCUGCUAUUUGGUUUCGUCGAUGGCACUUCAAGUGCUAUGGAGCUUGGGGCUUGCUUGUCUUGAUAUUUAUGCUUUGAGCAAAAAGAGAGACCUUCAAAAUAAAUUACUAGUGAGGCUAUUUGUUGUCGGUGAUUGGGUAACAGCUACUUUAUCACUGGCUGCUGCAAGCUCUUCAUCAGGGAUUGCAAUUCUGUUUGUAAGAGACUUUCAUUUCUGCACAGGUAGAUGGGGUUUACCAUGUGGUAGCUACAUGCUUGCAGUUUCCUUCGCUUUUGUCACCUGGAUCCUUACUUCCAUAUCCUCUCACGUGAUGUUUUGGAUCCUAUCGGCAUUAGUUUAGAGGGUUGUGUUUUUCAGUUCUACCGAUGAUACAUUUACGCUACAGCAUUCAUUUAUUUACUCGUAAAUGGAAAAGUCUGCAACUUGCCUCAUUUGUUUUUUCUGAGGCAAUUUAGCAACCUCGUAUUUUAUUUCAAUGUGUCUUUUUUAUGUUGCACCCUCAACAGUAUCAUAUCUUAAUCCACUUAAUGUACAGAGACGUAUUGAAGCAGUUCUACAGAUUCAAUAUGAUUUCUUGUUUGCCUGCCCUCCCGGGAUUUAGGCAUGGAAUUUAUAUCUUGGAACUACAUGCACAUUAGUUAUUUCAUGGAUUUGCCUCCUGCAGUGCACAACAGAUGUGCGAACGGAGCAUGUGGACAACACCCCACGUUCAACCAUCAUGCAAUGUAACUGAGCUUUGUGUUCGCGUUUUGUUUUACUUUUGUUUGUUGGUUAUGUGUAUUUUUGUCAACUUUGUAGUGCCACUAUAUAAAGGCCCGAGGAUUCAAAGAGACGGAUGGAUCACGGAGGUUUGGCUGAAUAAUCAUCUCGAAACUACAAGGGCUUCUUGAUAUAUCUUCCCUCAAAUUCUUUGCCUCUUACUCAUUUCUUAGGGUUCAUUCAUUUUGGUAUGCUAGAAAACAUGUAUCGAUUGGUCGAGGCAUGGACCUUGAUGACAGUUGAAUAAUAGAAAAGUUUAUACAGUUUGAUGAGCCAUACCUUUCUGAAUUAGGAUUCUGACUGGUUACCACGGCCUUGUCGCAGGUACUCGGAUGCAGGGACAUGACUCGAAAUUAGUAAGAAAGCCGAUCAUAUACUUAAUCUUAUCAGCAACUUCUUUCAUUGAAGGCCUAUUGCGCCUCUGAUCAUUGAAGCACGAUCGGGCAAGAAAUCCCAGCGCCUUCAUCGUCUCCAAUUCUUGCUCGCUAGCUCCCUCCUUAAUAACUGGAUCGACAGUAUCCAUCAACCUCCCUUGUUUCAAUACCCUCUUCAUGUACGGCACCAAUCUCGUAUCUUCCUCUCGUCUGUUGAAAUCGAUAACCUCCUGAGAAGUCUACAGCUCCAACAGUACAACACCGAAGAUGUAAACGUCGAUCUUAUCCGGGAGCUGAAAGUUACUGAGGUAGUCAGGGUCUAGAUAACCGGGAGUCCCCUGAGUGCUGGUUUCUCUGUCCUCAACCAGCUUCGAGAUCCCCAAGUCUGAAAGUUUUGGCUCAAAAUUUUCAUCCAGCAAUAUGUUGCUGGAUUUCACGUCACCGUGGUAAAUGGGCUGCACUGCAGAAGAGUGAAAGAUAAGCAAGGCCUUCAGCUGUUUGGUGAGCAAUUCGGAGCCUAUGACGCCAACCAAUUGGAGCCCAUUUUCCGCUGUGACGACAGUGAAGAUAUCAGAAAGAGUUCCAUUUGGAACGUACUCAUAUACGAGGAUAGGUUGCUGAUCAAGCUCGAUACAGCGGCCAAUGAGUCUCACCAGGCUCCUGUGGUUCACCUGGCAGAGAAUCCGAACCUCGUUAAGAAUAUGAUCAAUGUCCUUGGUGUCACCAUGCUUGGUGCGCUUGAUAGUGCGUCAUGAAGAGUGCCCUUGAAGACCUGAGAAAAGCCACCGGAGCCGAUUAUGUUGUCUUUGAAAAAGAAGUUGGUUGCUCGUGCUAUCUCUUUGUGGGCGAAGAAGAUUUUUCCUGACUUGCCACUGUUUUUGAAAUACAAAAUCUCCUCACGCUUCUUCCUGGUGUCCUCGGUCUUUCGAUCCUCGAGAUACUCAUGCAAAGCAUUCUUCAACUUCUCAUCCAAGUCACCGAGGAAAAAAGAAAUGAAAGACAUACUUCAUCUGGGACUCAAAGAAUUUGAUCAUACUGUGAUCGCCGGCUGGAUCAGCGGCGGUGGAGAAUCGAUGAACUGGAACAAAGCUUCUCCGGAUGAACUGAGGGCUGAAAGUAGGGACGGUGGACAUCCCGUGGUGAAGGGUGGGUGCUGAUCCAACGGCUCGGACGGCAGGGGCUAGGGCUGAGUGGGACGGCCUGCGGAGCUUCGAGGAGAGAGACAUUUGAGGUCCGGCUAUGGCUGAAAAUUCAGAUGGUUUAGUAUUUUGCAAUUGGAGUAGGGUUUCGCCCUUUUGCUUGGGGGUGUAAGGAAAGAGUUGUGAUAUGCCCACCCCAAUGUCUUAUUUCCGCACUCACCUUAUAUUUACACCACCAUAAAAAGUGAAAAAAUACAUCAACUCUUUUCCCACCCA